AUCGUGUGUAAGCAACUUUUUGUCCUUGCAUAAAUAUUCCUAAUUUAUUUUGUAAAAAUUUUGACUGAUACUAGUUAAUUUUAUCAACUAGAGACCGUUUUAUAUCAAUGGAAAAGAAAUUGAAAAAGAGUUCUUUCAAAAAAUGGACGAUGCAGAAAACAAUCUCAACAAAGAGCACAUAAAUGUUGCAUUUGAAAUGCUAAAUUGUAAGAGGGUUGAGCAAGGUGCUUGGUUCCGCAACAACAAUCUUCCAGCAGCAUGCUUUGUACCAGUCAAAUUCUUAGAAGUGGUUGGGUACGCUUAUGAAUCUGUCAGGAAGCCACAUAAGAAAAAACAAACGUUAUUGGAGGGCUGUGUAGGCGAACUUGUGAAAGGUUUAAUACAUCCAAAGAAGGUAUGGCUGGAAGAUGUUGAUGUUAUAUAUGGUGUCAUUGAAGAUAAGUUGAGCUAUCACUAUAUUGGGGUGGAGAUACAAUUGAUGGACAACACAAUCACACUCUUCCAUUGUGGUCUUCCAAAAGCAAAUAUCAAACGUGCUCUUAAUCAAAUCCAAGAACUGGCAGUGUUGAUUAGUGCCAUAAAGAUGGAACUUCUUGGUGAAGAGGUUAAUUUCGAAGAUAUCAGUCCAUUUGAAGUUAAGUUUGCAGAAGGGCUUCCAAAGACAAAAUUUCCAUACAACUGUGGUAUUUUUGUUGUGAAGAUGCUGGAAUGCAGGUCACUGGGAUUGAAGAGCAUGGCUAAUAUAAAUGAUGAAACUGCGAUGGACUUACGAAGCAAGCUAUGUUGUGAGAUCUUCGACCAGUGUAUGGAUAAAGAUUUCCAGGAAGGUCAAAGGAAGUGAAAAUGUCAUAUUUGUUCUGUUUUCUACUCUGUUUUUCUACUUUGAUAUUAAUUAUCCCUAACGUUUAAGUUUAAGUUUGUAAUGAAUUAUCCCUAACGUUUUUUUCAUUUAGAUUGUUAUUGAAAAAUUUUUAGGAUGUA